CCAAGUCGGACUCAACUGUACAUCAUGACAGAUGUUCCAGCAACAUUUAGUCAGGCUGAGUGUAAUGGGGAUAAACCGCCUGAAAAUGAUCAACAACCACUUACUAAAAUCAAUAAGGAAACGACUGAUGUGGGUGGCAUUCCACCAUACUGCAGGGUAGAACCGAGUCUUGAAGAUUUACCCACAGAAGAAAAUCAGGAGGAAAGUGGAAAAUUACAAGGGAACGUGCAGCUCAACUGGUCAAUGGAUGAGAAGAUUCUAAAAGAAAACCCAGAAGAGAACCUCUUUAUUGUUCAUAAGGCUGUCACAGAUCUUUCUCUCCAAGAAACAAGAGCUGAUGAAAUGACUUUCGGAGAAGGGCAGCAGUGGGAGAAGAUUCCUCUGAGCAGCAGUAACCAGGGAAGAAGUAGACAGAAGGAAAGGAUUGCUGAACAACCUCUAGAAGAGAGAGAAGGUGAGGACGGGAAGAACACAGCCUACCGGGCAACUGAAAUUGAAUGGUUGGGAAUCCAGAAACCUAGCCAGGUUGACAUGUUGCAUUCUAAACAUGAUGAGGAACAAGAGGUUUGGGAUGAAGAAACUAAUGAUGAUGAUGAUGAUGGUGAUUUCAAUGGUGAUGAGGAUGAAGUUCGAGUGAUAGAAUUUAAGAAAAAACAUGAAGAGGGUUCUCACUUUAAAGAGGAAGGUGAUGCAAGUGAGGUCUCCCCACUGAGCAGCCCCUGUUCUCAACCGGUGACACCUGAGGAGCAGCCAGCCUUAGGACGGAAGAACGACAUCUCCAGAAAUGCUUACUCGAGAUACAAUACAAUAUCCUACCGGAAAAUCAGGAAGGGGAACACCAAGCAAAGAAUCGAUGAAUUUGAGUCUAUGAUGCAUUUAUAA